AUGUCAAGAAGCUUAUCUCUUUAUCGUAAUUUAUUAAAAGAAAUUAAUAUCCAGUACACUAAGGGAACUAAGAAUCCGACAUUUGCACAAGAAUUAAGGAACAUUUAUCGCAAAAAUCAAAACAUUCAAGAUCCCAACAAAGUUGAGGCUUUGAAUAAAAAUGCCGAAGAUGUGUUAACAUUUUUAAGAAGCUCAAGAAAACAUAAAGAGUUACGUGAGUUAUAUUCAGCACUUGUUAUGGAACAAAAGAAAAAGAUUGAACUUUCAGCGAAGCGAGUUGGGUUGAAUUUACCCAAAGAGUAUGAUCCUAACAAUCCUCAGCCAUUUACCAAGGAUAUGUAA